AUGGCAACCAAUCUUUCCAAAAAAUUAAUCACCACAUUCAUAAUCCUCCUUUCUGUCUCAACAACACAAGUUGUUUCAGUGGCUCCAAAAUGUGAGGAAGAAGAACAAAAUUCAUGCAUCAACAAACACAAAGCAUUUCCCUUGAAGAUCAUAGCCCUUAUCUCUAUUCUUGUGGCUAGCAUGAUCGGAGUUUCUUUGCCUCUAGUCACUCGUUCGAUCCCGGCCCUAGGCCCCGACCGGAACCUAUUUGUGAUCUUGAAAUGCUUCGCGGCCGGGAUCAUUCUCGGGACCGGAUUCAUGCACGUUUUGCCGGAUUCAUUUGAGAUGAUGGGGUCAAGUUGCUUGGAAGAAAACCCGUGGCAUAAGUUCCCGUUUACGGGCUUUUUGGCCAUGCUUUCGGCUAUUGCGACGCUUAUGGUUGAUUCCAUUGCUACUAGUGUUUACACUAGGAAGAAUGGGAGUCCGAAAGAGGCUGUCAUUGCGGCAAAAGGCGGUCCUUUGGACCAAGAAAUGGGUGUGGUUGAUGGACAUGCCGGUCAUUUCCAUGGUCAUGGAUCGUCCACAAUGAAGAGUAAUGCUGAAGGGUCUCAACUCUUGAGAUAUCGAGUCAUUGCCAUGGUCUUGGAGCUUGGAAUCAUUGUUCAUUCUGUAGUAAUCGGGCUAUCCCUUGGAGCCUCAAAUAAUACAUGCACAAUAAAAGGGUUAGUCGCAGCUCUUUGCUUCCAUCAAAUGUUCGAAGGAAUGGGACUUGGUGGUUGCAUUCUUCAGGCGGAGUAUGGAUUUUUGAAGAAGGCGACUGCACCCAUUGACCCAAAAAAAGAAAGAGAGAGAGAAGAAGAAGGAGUGUUUGUUAGUGUUUUAGGACACAUUUUGAUGAUCAGUCAACGCGACCAUGUUUGGGAUAUCACCCUCAACAUCAAGAAACCCAUACCUCCAGAAUUUCCACUAGCCCCCAAAACUGAAAUAUGGCACAUCAUCGGAACAAAGAAAGAUAUCUCUGGAUCAGUACGUUUACUUUUAGCAGAAAAAAUGUAUUUAUACCAAAGUACUAUUACAAAGUUUUAUUAUGCUUCUUCUACGAGUAUUUAUACCAGUUGGAGUACUAAUAAUCAUAAUCACGACGGUGAUAAAUCCGGGGUGAUGAGACUUGAAGACGGCGCCGGAGGUCAUCGGAAUAACAAUGUUGCCGAUAAUCAACCACAUUUUCAUCAUCAUCAUCAUGGAUCGAUUAAUACGAAGGAUAACAGUGAAGGGGCCAAGCUUUUACGUUAUCGAGUGAUUUCCAUGGUGUUAGAGUUUGGAAUCAUAGUUCAUUCGGUGGUGAUCGGGCUAUCUCUGGGAGCAUCAAACAACACGUGCACCAUCAAGGGACUUGUGGCUGCCCUCUGCUUCCACCAAAUGUUCGAAGGCAUGGGUCUUGGUGGUUCUAUCCUCCAGGCAGAGUACAGCCUUGUGAAGAAAUCACUCAUGGCUUUCUUCUUCGCUGUAACAACUCCAUUUGGAGUUGCACUCGGGCUAGCUCUAUCCAAUACAUACAAAGAGAGCAGCCCACAUGCUUUAGUCACUGUUGGGCUACUCAAUGCUUCAUCAGCUGGGCUUUUGAUCUACAUGGCACUGGUGAACUUGCUUGCUUCAGAUUUCAUGGGACCAAAGUUGCAAGGCAGCAUUAAACUUCAAAUCAAAGCUUAUUUUGCUGUGCUUUUGGGUGCUGGAGGCAUGUCUGUUAUGGCUUUAUGGGCUUGA